AUGAGGCCUACAACACAGCCCCAGCAGCGAAGUUACCGCCAAGAAGGCUGGCAGUCGGAUGAUCCGUACACAUUAGCUGGUGUAGCAUCCUCCUCGUCAGCUUCGCACGCCAACAUUGCGUUCAUACCACUGCCUACGGCUGCACCAGCACUGCCCCCACCUCAGCUCAACCGCCUGCAACAAUCUUUGGCCUCACCAACACCAUCAUCGAUCUCAUUCCCUUAUAUACACGUUGCUCCAACCUCUUCCAGAGGACCAGCCAUCUUCCAAGCCCGACCGCAGAGCCCCAGUGUUCCACUCAGUCCACAACCACAAGAGCCGUUGAAUCACAUGUCAGCGCAUCGGCCCCAGUCACCUCUACCGCAACGACUAGUAAAUCCUUACGAGCAGAGGGACCUGCCAAAUCCGCAUGAACAGACGCAGCUAGUGAACCCACACGAACGGAGAGAGCAAUCCCUAGCUUCGCCGGCACCGUCUGUCGCUCAAAACUCGAACCGCAACAAUGCUUCCAGGCUCAGCUUUGGGCCAGGAGAUCCGCUGUUCUCAGGUGCCCGUGCACCAUCGGCCGCAUACCCUUCUGAUCGCAGUCCUCAACUGUCUUCAUCACGGAGGCCCACAUCCAUGAUCAGCCCAGUCCCGCAGCCUCUUCAUUCUGCAACACCACCGAUACCUGCAGAGCGAACCAUGUCGAGCGCAUCUACGUAUCUUGUUGCACCGAAUAAACCAAUGAGCACCAGUCCGGCAAUACUCCAGCACCGAAUAGCUGGUCACAAUUCGUCACCAACAGCAUCACAUGGACCAGCACACGAAUUUGACGAUUGUCCAGGCUGUCGUGCCGAAAUCGAAGAUGCAAUCCAGGCUUCCUUGCAAUCUGCUCAGCAGGAAGAGGAGCUCCGACAACGUCAACUUCGCGAGCAAGCUGAGCUCGAUCGCAUUGCUGCAUUGAAAGCAGAAGAGAACGAACGUCAACGCCGUCUCGCACAGGAGGAAGAGCAGCUCUUGCAACAAGCCAUCGAGGACAGCCGACGCGAAGCGGAGAUGCAACUGCAGCGCAAGACGCAGGAGGAAAACUUGCUCCUUGAAGAGUCACGACAAUAUGCUCUACGUCAGCGCGAACAGGACGCACGGCUCGAAGCUGAAAUGCUUGAAGCUGCCAAGCUUGCUUCCGUUUCACAGGAGAAGAAGAGACGCCAGGAGUUCGAUGCGAUGCAGGAAGCUGAACGAGGAGCGCUGCAGCUCAGUUUGCGAGAACAGCAAGAAGAGUGGGAACGCCGUGAAAGUGCGGAGCGCUCUUUGCUCGAGUUCCUUGAUCAAAGAAAUGCAAUUAGCCGCCCUACAACGCCAUCGUCUACGGCAGGUCCUUCCGCGGCAGCAAUGGCAUCGCAGCCACCAGCAGAACUAGCGCCGUCGCUGCAGCAAGCUUCGUCAUUAUCGUCCAAGGCUGGCUUGUUUGGCAACCUCGACGCGGAGUACUGGCGAUUUGCAGGCCAUGACGAGGCUUACCAGCUUGCGCUACAGAUGCACCAAGCUUCGUUCGACGAUGCUCAAACCAACAACUCGCCAGGUCCUUCCAGCUACCGAGUUCGAAGGCCAUUGCCGCAAGCUCCGUCUGCGAGCGGCAGCACUGAUCCGCCUACCAUUUCACCGUCCAAGCUCGACCCACGUCCCAUUGCGAUCCAGCCCGUCAACCUGUACACUGUCGAGGAGGCUCCUCCUCCUGCGUAUACGCAGUCCUCUGAGCAAGGGCAUGGACAAGCAGCUGGUUCGACGUCGCAGUUUGAUGAGAGUGAGGCUGGCCCAUCCACACGAGCCAGUAACGUAUCCGAAGGUCGUUACGACGCAUAUCCACCGGAGAAAGUCUCGUCGCAGCGGUACGAUUCACACGCAUUGCAGAGCCUCAACCAACCGGUUCUUCGGCAGCGGUCAUCCUCCUCAAGCUCGGGUCACAGCCAGAGAUUUGGACGUCUUUCAGAAACCCCUUCUCUUUCGAACGAACCAACCUCCCCUCUUGCAUCUCCAUUGCCUACAAGCUGGGAUGAUUCUUCCCCCGCCCCACCGACGGGCUUGGUCUCGCCGUCGAUUCCUGAUCGUGGAAGUUCGCAGUUCACUCCCGCAUCUAAGCGGUUCAGCCAGUCUAGUGUCUCGCUGAAUUCAGAACAACGAGGUCAGCGCGCACUUGCAGGCAUCGAGUUUGGCCACAGCGACUUGCCCUUUGCGCCCAAGCUCGAUAAGAGUCGCUUGCCUUUUGCUCAGUCUGCAUCAAAAACAGCAUCGAGCUCCUCCUGUUCUACCACUGCCUCGCCGUCCACAGGCAAGGUCCUCUUUCCGGCUUCCAUUGAGCUGGCCAACAUCAUGAAAGCGUCGUCCGGGUCUACUGGCAGUGACAUGCAAAACAGCUCCCCUAGCUGCUUCUUCACCAUCCGAGCUCGGUCCUGGAAGAGCUUGCUUCGGGCCCUCGCUUGGUACGGCAACAGUCGAGUCGAAGCCGCGCCAGAAGAAGUUGCUACGGCAAGCGAUCGACGAGCACGUUGCUUGUUGCGGGUGGAAGUGGAGUUCAUCACGCCCACACGGACGGACUUGGGGUAUGGUGUGGCCGAGUACGCGAAAGCUGCUCAGAAUGGUGUCAUGCCCAAGCAUCCUUGUCCAGCCCAUGUGGCAUUGUGCCUCUCACUGCUGCCUAUUUCGUCGUCCAAGUCCUCAUCCUCUGGUGAAGCUAACGCGUGGCUCAAGUCGGACGAAUACCAAACGAUCAAACGCGAGUCGAGACGGCUGGAUGCCUGGUACGCCAGUAGAGGCUCUAUCAGGAGGCUUGUGCAGCUCCCACGCCAACCCCCCAUGUUGCCAGUAGCGCUAGUUCAGGUCGCACAGCUUCUUCAUGCAUCACACACCUUCAGUGCUGCUUGUCCUUCCACUGGUUCGACGGCUCGUCACUCGCCUCGCGAUCUUCACCACGCCAUCGAGAGACACGACGAGGGCUUUGUGUGCAAGCAAAAGGCCAUGCUAGCUGCUGGAACCGCUUUAGCUACCCAGUCUGGCGCUCUGGCUUCUACUACGUCGCUCACCUUGGCAAACCCUUGCUCGAGUACGCAGGGUGGAGGUCGGAACUCUAGCUCGACCGACCUCCAUCGGGAUCCGGACGAAGAUGAUGAUCUAGAUGAUGACGACGAAGAGCUUGACUUCAAUGAUUACAACAUGCUCGAGAACGGUUUGGCUGCCAACGGAUCGUUUGAUGCGCAGGACAGGAUUCUCAUGGGCAGACGUCAGCGGCUCAAAGCGAAAGUCAAACGUCGUCUUGCCAAGCGCAACUCGGACGGCAGGGUCGUUGACGAAGACCUAGCCACCUGGAUCACACCUUUCGACCUGUCGCAACAUGGCUAG